AUGGCAGGCCCAAGAGGAGGCGGAAACUUUAGAGGCCGUGGUUCAAGAGGUGGCCCAAGAGGUGGAAGUUUCAGAGGUCGCGGAUCAAGAGGUGGAGCAAGAGGCAGAGGCAGAGGAGGAAGAGGCAGACAGUUCAGUCAAUGGGGCCCCGACAGAAAAUUUGACGCUGCUCGGCUGGCUGAAAAUGCCGAGGAAGAUGAUGAGAGCGGAUCUGGAUCCGACGCCUCAGACUUGGAAGACGAAACGCUCAACGAUGUAGCCUCAGAUGACGACGAGCAACAAGCUACCGCACGGCCAUAUAUGGCACUGAUGCAGAAAUUCCACGAUUCGAGCGCAUCAAGUGCGCCAAGCGCUAAACGGAGAAAGAUUACACAUGCCGAACCCUCGAGCCGGAGCCCAAGCCCCACGCAAGAGCAAUCAGAAGAUGAGGAAGAGGAAGAAUCCGAUCCUAAGCGAGAGGACAUUGACGAAGCUGAUGAAGAGGGGGAAGAAGGGGAAGACGAGACUGGAGGCGUUGAAGAUGAUGCAAACGACUCAGAAGACGAGAUUGAUGCCACGGAUCCGUUUGAUGCCCAUUUCGCAAAUCCAGACCAACAAACAAGCGCGCCAGCAGUAACCGCGGCGAAGAAGGGAGAAUGGACUACAAGUCGGGCUAUGAUACAACCUUGGAGAGCAGUUGUUGUCUCUCCUGACACCAACAGCACUGAGCCAAUCCCCCAGCCCAUAUCGGGACUUGGGGGGCUGAAGCUGAAGCAGAAACUGCGAGAAACAGCAAAGGAGAAGAUGAGCAGUCUUGAUGCAGCACAAAAGGCAUUUGCGCCUUUGCUAUUCGGUUACAAAGACAUUUUGUUUUGCGACCGGUCUGUAGAGAACUCGCACAAAAUGCGACAGACCGUCUGCCUCCAUGCGCUGAACCACAUAUUCAAGACUCGAGAUAGGGUAAUUAAGAACAACUAUAAGCUUUCAAAAGCUGGCGAUGAUUCGGAACUUGAGCUUCGAGACCAAGGCUUCACAAGGCCCAAGGUCCUGUUUCUUUUACCAACUCGAAACUCAUGCGCCCAGAUUAUGAAGGUGAUUCAAGACUUGAUUGAACCCGAUCAACAAGAGAACUUUAAGCGUUUCAACGAGUCCUACACUGAGAGCGACGAAACCUUUGGUGCUGAUCGGCCUGCCGAUUUCAAGGACCUGUUUGGUGGUAACGACGACGACAUGUUCCGUAUCGGCAUCAAGUUUACACGCAAGACAAUCAAGUACUUUGCGCAGUUCUAUAGCUCUGAUAUUCUCUUCGCUAGCCCUCUCGGCCUUCGUAUGGCUAUGGGAUCCGAGGAAGAGAAGAAGAAGCCAGAUUUUGACUUCCUCAGUUCCAUUGAGAUGGUUGUCAUGGACCAAGCUGAUGCUCUGUUGAUGCAGAACUGGGAGCACGUUGAGCACAUCUUUGAGCACCUCAACCUUCAGCCCAAGGAUGCCCACGACUGUGACUUUAGUCGUGUCCGCAACUGGUAUCUGGAAGAUGAGGCAAAAUACUACCGGCAGACAGUCAUUCUAUCUGCCUUCAACACCCCCGAGCUGGCAGAGCUUCAGAGAGUAUACUGCCAUAACUGGGCUGGAAGAGUUCGACUACAGCCAGAGUACCCUGGCGUUCUUGGUCAACUGGGUGUCAAGAUCAAGCAGACGUUUACCCGAUUCCAAUCAAAUACCGUGGAGAAGGAUCCCGAAGCCAGGUUUGAAUACUUUACUUCAACUAUUAUUCCAUCUCUGGUGAAGCGGUCCAAAGAUACCAGCGGGACUCUCAUAUUUAUCCCCUCCUAUCUUGACUUUGUCCGUGUGAGGAACUAUUUCGCUACUGCCGAUGAAGUGUCUAGCCUCACCUUUGGCGUGAUAUCUGAGUACACUGAAAUUCGAGAAGCUUCUCGAGCCCGAUCUCACUUCUUGACCGGUCGACAUAAGGUCUUGCUCUACACGGAGAGAGCUCACCACUUCCGACGAUACCAGUUCAGCGGGGUGCAGAGAGUCGUCUUCUACGGGCUACCAGACAAUCCCAUCUUCUACAAGGAGAUUGCGGGCGGAUACCUGGCUAAGAGCGAGAGGGACAUGAAGAUAGAGCCUGGGCAGGGGACCGUGCGGGCAAUCUUUUCAAAGUACGAUGUGAUGAAGCUGGAGAGGGUGGCUGGGUCGAAGAGAGUAGGAAAGAUGAUCCAGGACCGCGGCGAUACCUUUGAUUUCGUAUAG